CGUUUCACGGGUAGUGACCUAAAUUUCUUGUUAUUACAAGUGGCAAGCGCAUAUGAUGGAUUGAUCAAGUGGCUAGCGAGCCGCUAGGGCCGAUAAUUUUUGUUAUCACGCGUGCUCUAGCUGUUGGCUUUGAUCCUCGAGGCCAUAACUAGUCGAAGACGGGCUCAGAUCGUCUUCUUCCGAUUGAAUCUACCCACAACCCAACCCUUCCAACAUGGCCGCCUCCUACAUAGCGGUCUUGCUCAUCCUCGCCGCAGUUGCCCCACGCCCCUCCUCCGCGCGGCACGUCGUCACCUUCAUCCCUAGUCGCGGCGUCUCCCCCUCCUCCCUGGCCUGGGACCCCACCGCUCAGCACUUCGUCGUCGCCGGCGGAGGCGACGCCGUCCUAUCCGUAUCCGACGCCGGCGUGACCGAAUCGAUCGCGUCCCCCGGUGCCUCCGCAGUCGCCGUUGAUGACCGCCGCCGUCGCCUCAUAGUAGCGUCCGCCGGUUCCGUCUCCGCUUUCGACCUCCGCACCCCUCGGCCCCAUCGCCUCCUCUUCUCCACCACGCUCCCCGACCCCGCCGCGCCCGGCGGCGUCGCCGUUGACCCACAAUCUGGCGUCGCAUUCCUCACCUUGGGCGCCCAAAUCUACAGCCUUUCCCCUGACGGCGACCUCGCCGCGCUCCCUGCUUCGCCCGUCUAUGGCUCGGAGCCCCUUUCCUCCCUCACCGCGCACGUGAGCCGCGGGUUCCUCCUCGUCGGCCGUCCCAGCACCGGCCACCUCCUCCGCGUCGACAUGGAGGACGGAUCCGCAAGAGCCGUUUCAGGGCCCUUUACGCCCGCCACGCCGGUCGCCGUCGCGGUGCGGAGCGAUGGGACGGUGGCGGUGGGCGGGGCCGCGACUCUGCGCCUGGUCGGGAGCAACGACGGGUGGGUGUCUUGCGCGGAGCAUGACGUGGGGGAACCGAACGGCGCCGUCGCGGCGGUGGCGGUGGCGGUGGCGGUAAGGGAGCGGAAGCGGGUGUACGCGCUGGUGGAGGCGGAGGUGGAGGGGAAGAGGGAAUGGCGGAUCGAGGAGGUGGACUGGAAAAAGGAGGGGGAGGGGGAGAUGGUGGCGCUGUUAAUCUUGGUCGGCGCCGCCAUCGCCAUCUUCAUGUUCUGGAGGUUCCAGAUGCGGCAGCUCGCCGGCAACAUGAACAAGAAGAUCAGAUAGAAGGAUCACAGUGCCUGGCCAUCCCCAGCUUUACUUUUUAUUUCCUUCUGCAUUUAGUUGACGCUGGUAUACUUGUGUAUUAGACAUGUUAUAAUUAUCAGUUUUCAUUAACUGUGAAUCCCUUGAUCUUUGCUUGCUCGGUGGUUUUGCUUGGCACAUCCACGAUGUAAUAGAUUCCUUUUCCUUUCUCAGAAUCACGAUGUAAUGGAAUUGGGCAUAACUGAUACUUGUAAAAA